CCUUUACUCUUUCUCCUUUCACUUAAACCUAAUUUCUUCUCUUUAUCUCGCCUUCUUGUUCUUGAUGUCCAAAGAAGAGCUGAACAAACCCUAAACUCUAGAUCCUAUAUCGGAUUUAAAAUAAAAUCUAGCAAAAUGGAUCCUCGAUUCUAUGGGAAUAUGCCUUUUGGGGGUGAUGAACCUGAGGAAGAUGAAAACUUAUUCCCAUUCUACUCGGCUCGAUCUCAACACGACAUGAGUGUUAUGGUCUCGGCUUUGUCUCAAGUUAUAGGAAACCAAGAAAACAGCUCUCACGAUAGUCCUUCUGUGCAUAAUCCACAAGACCCUAGUCUACCAGUUGCUCCUACCCAUCAAGAUCAAGGGGACUUGAGGAGGAGACAUUAUAGAGGGGUAAGGCAAAGGCCAUGGGGGAAAUGGGCAGCUGAGAUUCGAGAUCCGAAAAAGGCAGCACGUGUGUGGCUAGGGACAUUUGAAACCGCUGAGUCCGCAGCCUUAGCUUACGAUGAAGCAGCUCUUAAGUUCAAAGGAAACAAAGCCAAACUCAAUUUCCCUGAGAGGGUUCAGCUAGGAAGCAAUGUUAUAAACAAUCAGCUAUCAAACUCUACUUGUUACUCCUCAAAUCAAACCGAGACGCAAAAUAUACCAUACUAUAACCAGUAUUAUCAAGACGGGAGUAAUAAUGAUAUGCUAAGUUUUAAUUUGGGCGGUGGAUAUGGUAGCGGUAACGGAGUUUCAAUGUCUCAUGAUCAUAGUUUAUCAACUAUUACUACUGCUGCAACGACUUCUUCGUCUUCUGGUGGCUCUUCUAGGCAACAAGAAGAGCAAGAUUUUGCUAGAUUUUGGCGGUUUGGGGAUUCUUCUUCCUCUCCACAUUCGGGAUAUUAAGAUGAUAGAUAUGUAAGUGAUUUGUGUUUCCUGCGAUGAAGAGAUGUUAUGAUUCUUGAUUGUUCUCUUAAUUAUAAUGUUCUGGUACUCUUAUUUCAGUUGGUUAAAGAUUCUUGAAAAAAGUGUAACUUUAUUUCAUAUUAUAUAAUUAGUUCCCUUAUCUACAACACA